CAGGUGCGCGGCUCUCCGGGUCCCGGCGAUGCGCGGCCCGAGGUCCCGCGGCGGACAUGGACGAGGCGCCGCUGCUGGGCGGAAUGCCCAGUCCCGCGGAUGAGAUGGUGACCGACCUUUUCAGCGCCGAGAGCCCGUUCGUUUCGGAAACCCUGGCCCUGAAGGGCCCGGAGGUGGCGAAGCGCGAGGAAGACGAGCUCCGCAUCUUCCAAGACGCGUACCUGGGCUCCGCCGAGCCCAAGGAGCCGCUCCUGCACGCCUUCAGCCCCGCGCUGGGCGCCGACUGCGAGGGCAAGGGCAAGGCGGAGCUCCUGGCGGGUGCAAAGGAAGACGAGCAAGUCCUGGGGGAGUACCCGGGCCUCCCCGAGCUCAGCCCCCUGGAAGACGCCGCCCUCCCCGCCGCCCCGCCGCCGCACGCCUACAGCGUCCACUUCCUGUCCUCGCUGCUGGCCCCGCACCGGAGCCCCGCCGUCCUGCCCCUGGGCGCCUGGGCCCGGGAGGGGGCCGCCCACCCCGGGGUCCGCGUGAUUCCAGUUGAAAUAAAGGAAGCAGGCAGUACUAUUACAAGUAACAAUCCGGAGGAAGCAACUUUUCAGAACCCUCUUGCCCAGGAAUCCUGUUGCAAGUUCCCAUCAUCACAAGAAGCAGAGGAUGCCUCUGGCUGCUCUCAAAAGAGGGACUCUAACCCAAUGGUGCUAUGUCAGUUGAAAGGGGGUACACAAAUGCUGUGUAUAGACAAUUCUGGCACGAGAGAACUAAAAACACUUCAUUUGGUUCCUCAGUAUCAAGACCAAAAUAAUUGUCUACAGUCAGAUGUCCCUAAACCAAUGACUACUUUAGUAGGAAGAUUUUUGCCAGUACCAGCAAAAUUAAAUCUCAUUACACAACAACUUGAUAACGGAGCCUUACCACCUGUAGUCAACGGGUCUACUUUGCCCCCCGGAUCAACUCUUCCAGGACCACCCAAAAUAACUUUGGCUGGGUACUGUGACUGCUUUGCCAGCGGGGACUUUUGCAACAACUGCAAUUGUAAUAAUUGUUGCAACAAUUUACGUCAUGAAAUCGAACGGUUUAAGGCCAUUAAGGCAUGUCUUGAUAGAAAUCCAGAAGCUUUCCAACCAAAAAUAGGGAAAGGAAAAUUGGGAGAUGUUAAGCCUCGACACAACAAAGGAUGUAAUUGCAAGAGGUCAGGCUGCCUUAAGAACUACUGUGAAUGCUAUGAGGCCAAAAUUAUGUGUUCUUCUAUUUGCAAAUGCAUUGGUUGCAAAAAUUACGAAGAAAGCCCAGAACGAAAAACACUAAUGAACACGCCAAGCUACACGGAAAUUGGAGGUUUUGAAGGCAGCCAUCAUUUGUCACCAACUAAAUUUUCAGGACUACAAAAAUUCAGAAAAGAUGGGCGGUCUCCCUCGUGCAUCUCCUGGGAGGUGGUGGAAGCCACGUGUGCCUGCCUGCUGGCCCAAGGGGAGGAGGCCGAGAAGGAGCACUGCUCGGAGUGCCUGGCGGAGCAGAUGAUCUUAGAGGAAUUCGGGAGAUGCUUGUCACAGAUCCUGCACAUUGAGUUUAAAUCCAAAGGGUUGAAAAUUGAGUAG